CAAACUCUUCUAUCACUAGUAGACUACCAGUCUAUGUUUCAGCAGUCGCGCGACGGUUUUCGAGGUGUGUGCGUGCGCGCGUAAUUUGUUCAGUUGCUCGGGAAGUUACGAAUAUAGUACCCGAAAAUGCAGCGUUCCGUUCAACAAGCAAAUGGAGAUGGUGUUCUUGCAUCACCGAGGAAAAAGCAACGUGUGUCGAAUACUAACACAGCCAAAGUUACUGUUGUUCUUGGAGCACAAUGGGGCGACGAAGGUAAAGGCAAGGUCGUCGAUAUGCUUGCUAUGGAUGCUGACGUCGUCUGCAGGUGUCAGGGAGGAAGCAAUGCCGGGCAUACAGUAGUAGUAGACGGUGCGGAGUUCCACUUCCAUCUUCUACCCAGUGGAAUAAUCAAUCCUAGAUGCACUUCGCUUAUAGGAAACGGAGUAGUAAUACACCUACCGGGUCUUUUUGAGGAAUUAGAAAGCAAUGAAGCGAAAGGUUUAAAAAAUUGGCAGGAGCGAUUGAUAAUCUCUGAUCGUGCGCAUAUAGUAUUUGAUUUUCAUCAGCAAGUCGAUGGCCUCCAAGAAUUAGAAAAAGGUACGCAGUCCCUGGGUACUACUAAAAAAGGAAUUGGUCCAACGUAUUCAAGCAAAGCUGCUAGAAAUGGACUUAGAAUCGGUGAUCUUCUCGGCGACUUCGACAAAUUCUCACAAAAGUUUGAUGCGCUGAUUACCUCGUAUCAAAAAAUGUUUCCAGCACUUCAGGUCGACGUGAAAGCAGAGCUUCAGCGGUAUAAAGACUAUGCAGAAAGAAUAAGACCACUAGUGAAAGAAACAGUUCAGUAUUUACAUCAAGCAUUACGCGAAGGAAAAAAAGUAUUAGUAGAAGGUGCAAAUGCUGCAAUGUUAGACAUAGACUUUGGUACAUAUCCCUAUGUUACGAGUUCUAACUGCAGUAUAGGUGGUGUUUGUACCGGUCUUGGAUUAUCGCCGUCUUAUAUCGGAGAAGUUGUCGGUGUUGUUAAAGCGUAUACCACAAGAGUUGGUGAUGGUCCAUUUCCUACUGAACUUUUGAAUGCUACAGGCGAACUUUUACAAAAAAGAGGACACGAAUUUGGUGUUACGACAAAUAGGAAGAGGCGUUGUGGUUGGCUAGAUUUAACUCUUCUUAAAUUCACCGCCUUGGUUAAUGGAUAUACGUCAAUAUGUCUUACGAAAUUAGAUAUUCUAGAUACACUUCCAAAAAUUCAAGUCGGCAUAGGUUAUCGAUUAAAUGGAAAAGAAAUUGACUAUUUUCCAAGUAGCACCUCUGAUUUAGCAAAAGUAGAAGUAAUUUACGAGACUCUCGAUGGUUGGGAAUCAGAGACAGAGGGUGUACGUUCCUUGGAAAAGCUACCUCCUAAUGCAAAAAAAUAUAUACAAUUAAUAGAAGAACAUCUUGGCGUGCCAGUUAAAUGGAUUGGAGUGGGAGCAGGCCGAGAAAGUGUAAUUACACUUUGACGUUACACAUAUUGGUUACAACCAUGGAAAUAUAUUUAUUUGUGUAGGAUCAGUGGAUUGGGCGAAUGAACGUGUGAAGUCUUUAUUAAAUAAAAUGGAUAUACUUAACAUUUCUUUACAAUCACGACGCUUAACACAACGCAAAGACUUUAAUACAACACAUUGACGACAUGAAUUUUUCGACAAUGCAUGAGCGAUUCUCUCGCUUUGUAAUCGGACCACAUUCAUAGUGACAUCAUACAUACAACACACAUUUUCAUCACGUAUAGCCUUUACGUGAUCCCAUACAUGUCUCGUGUACAUUUUAGGAAUUACUCUGUACUUGCGAUCGACACUCUGGUCUAAUGCAGUAUCUUCAUUCAAUAUCUUUCACUUGGCCUUCAAUUACCCAUCAUCCACUCCAUUCUCAGAUACAAUCGAAUCCCACCUAUAUAUGUCGUACCCUAUAUUUAACCAUUUUGCCUUACCCUUAGGUUAAACAUUUUUACUUGCAUUAUGAUUCUCAUACUUAAUGUAUGGUUUCGUAUGAUCCUCUAUCGUCAAAACAUUGAGAACUUGAUUUCCUAUCUUACAUAUAAUAAGUUUAUUGUUUCGUAAUUCGUUGGUUAGUACAUACGUAUCUAAAAAUUUCGGACCAGAUUUUUGUCCCAAUGCCAAUUGUGUUCUUUGUGUUGCACCUAAGACAUCGAAUUUAUAUGGCUUAUGUUUUUUCCCCUUUAUAUUCUAAAUUUUCUUAUUUUAUUCGUAUAUCUCUAGAAUUAUUUCCUCGGGUGUUUCCAAUUCAUCACGACUUUCUUGAUAUAUAUUAUCUUAAUCUUCUACAAUCAGAUCUUGUAACAAUGUAUCUUACAUCAAACAUUUUGCGAAUAGCGUGACUUCUGGUAUAUUUAGUUGGCGUAAAAUUGAAUCUUUGUGCCAAACUUAGAUAUUUAUACCACUGUUCAGGAUUAUUAAUGUAAUAAGUAAGAGUAUUACCAUUUUGUGUACUUACGCUAUGCGGCCGUUACUUUGAAGCACUCCCGUAGCUAUUGUUAAAAAAUUUAUCAAAAAGCAUCAGAGAUGAAAGCAGUAAUCCUAUCGGGUUUAAUUCGCGCGCUUUAAAUAAAUUAUAACCGAAUUAGUUGAUUGAGUUAGAACCAGACAAAAAUGAACGUGUCAGUCGUGGAC